CUUUCUAUUGCAUUCGCUUUCACAUUCACUCAAAUCUCCUGUUUGUCUGGCUUUUUUUUCUCAACCAGCUGUGUCUCAAAUUUUGGCGACUAGGUUUUUACAGCGAGAAGAGAAUGAUUUAUGGGGCAAAGUUUUUCGCAAUUUGAAGUGUUUAUUUGAUUGGAUUUGUAUUUCUGAGGAGUAUGUUUAUCGAUUUGAGUUUUUUUUUUCCCUUUCCUAUGGUAGAGCAAACUCAGAAAUUUGGGUUGUUCAAAAUUUGAAUUUGUUUUUGUGUGUAUCACUGGUUUUGAGGAAGUGGGUUGCUUGAUUUGAUGACAGAAGCUUGAAUCUAGGAGACCUUUUCAGGAUUUCAAGCCAACCAAGUUUUCAGAUCUGAAUCAUCAUGGAAUUUUUGUUCUAUUCUUUUUAACUGAGAGACUGCAUGGGUUUCAUCUUUUGAAGGCAGGAAAUGAUAUGAGCAUGGAUCUUGGAGAAGAAAGUUCCCGGUUUUUGUCGUUACCAGCCACAACUUCAAGGAAUUUGUCGUCUUCCUCGUCAACAUUCUUUUCAGCCAAUCAGUCUCCAUUUUUCUCUCCAAGAUCACCAACGUGCCAAUUAUCUGAAUCGACACUAUCAGACAUUCCAUGUGACAAUAUUCAGCUAAGUGCUGAUCCCCUCAGUACUGUGUUAAGUGCUGAUCCCCUCAGUUCCAGCUCAGGAAAUCCUGAUCCUCAAUCUCUAAAAAAUGUCCGGUUUACCUUGUCAAACAUGUCAAUCAUCCCAGGAUCUCGUGUUUCAAGUGAUUUUCAGAAGUUCAAUCGUGUUUCUCCCUCAACUGGCAUUUCCAAUAGUACCACCAUGUCCAAUCACAGUCAUGGCCAUGGCAAUGGUUAUUCUCAGCAUACAGAGAAACAGAAAAAGCUUGGGAGAAGCCAUGGAAUCUCGUUUGCGCCAACUUCAGCUUCAUUUUCCUCUAAUAGAUUGAGGAGCUGUGAUGUCUUCAUUGGUUUGCAUGGUAGAAAACCACCUUUGCUGAGGUUUGCUAAUUGGCUCCGUGCUGAGUUGGAAGUUCAAGGAAUGAGCUGCUUUGUAUCUGACAGAGCUCGGUGUCGGAACUCAAGAAAACAUGGCAUUGUUGAGAGGGCAAUGGAUGUUUCUACUUUUGGGGUUGUAAUCUUAACUAGAAAGUCUUUUAGGAAUCCAUACACCAUUGAGGAACUGCGAUUUUUCUCAGGAAAGAAGAAUUUGGUCCCAUUAUUCUUUGAUUUGGGUCCGGAUGAUUGCCUUGUCAGGGAUAUAGUUGAGAAGAGGGGAGAGAUGUGGGAAAAACAUGGGGGAGAGCUAUGGCUUUUGUAUGGAGGUUUAGAGAACGAAUGGAAAGAAGCAGUAAAUGGCCUUUCUCGGGUGGAUGAUUGGAAACUGGAGGCUCAAGAUGGUAAGUGGAGAGAUUGCAUACUGAGGGCAGUCACACUUCUGGCUAUAAGGCUUGGAAGGAGAAGCGUUGUGGAGCGGUUGACUAAAUGGAGAGAGAAGGCAGAGAAAGAGGAGUUUCCCUUCCCUCGAAAUGAGAAUUUUAUUGGUAGGAAGAAAGAAUUGUCCGAGCUUGAAUUUAUACUUUUUGGUGAUGUCAGUGGAGAAUCAGAAAAAGAUUAUUUUGAACUUAAAGCUAGACCUAGGCGGAAGAAUUUGACAAUUGGGUGGAGUAAGGGAAGUUCAGUUGAGGAAAGACGGAGGGAACAACAUAUGGAGAGUGGACACAGGAAAGGGAAACAAGCUGUGGUAUGGAAGGAGUCAGAGAAGGAAAUUGAGAUGCAAAGUUCUGAAUUCCCUCAAAGGCAGUACUCUUUGAGGUCAAAGAAUGGAGGAAAGUAUGGGAGAAGUAGAAGAUCCGCCAAAAUUUUGUAUGGAAAAGGAAUAGCUUGUGUAUCAGGCGAAUCAGGAAUUGGAAAGACCGAUCUUCUUCUUGAAUUUGCUUACAGGUAUCACCAAAGGUACAAGAUGGUAUUAUGGGUAGGCGGGGGAAGUAGAUACAUUCGCCAGAAUUAUUUAAAUCUAUGGUCAUUUUUAGAAGUUGAUGUGGGGAUUGAGAAUUGCUCGGAGAAAAGCAGGAUAAAAAGCUUUGAGGAGCAUGAAGAAGCAGCCAUUUCUAGAGUUCGAAAAGAGCUCAUGCGGAACAUCCCAUUUUUGGUAGUGCUUGAUAACCUAGAGAGUGAAAAGGAUUGGUGGGAUCAGAAACUUAUAAUGGAUCUUCUUCCCCGGUUUGGUGGAGAUACUCACUUUAUAAUUUCCACACGCCUUCCUCGCAUAAUGAACUUGGAGCCUUUGAAACUCUCUUACCUAUCUGGGGUUGAGGCUAUGUCUUUAAUGCAGGGAAGUGUCAAAGAUUACCCUAUUGUGGAAAUUGAUGCUCUCAGAGUUAUUGAGGAGAAACUUGGGAGGCUCACUUUAGGCCUUGCAAUUGUAGGAGCAAUUCUAUCCGAGCUUCCUAUAAAUCCAAGCAGGCUCUUGGAUACAAUUAAUAGAAUGCCUUUGAGGGACUUGACCUGGAGUGGAAGAGAGGGUCAUUUAUUGAGACGGAAUACCUUCCUCUUCCAACUGUUUGAAGUUUGUUUCUCAAUAUUUGAUCAUGCUGAUGGCCCAAGGAGUUUGGCGACUAGAAUGGUUCAGGUGAGUGGUUGGUUUGCACCCUCAGCAAUUCCCAUUUUCCUAUUAGCUCUAGCUGCUAACAAGGUCCCUGAGAAGCACCAAGGCACUAGGUUGUGGAAGAAGUUUUUGCAUUCCUUAACUUGUGGCCUUACAUCAUCCUACACCAAGAGAUCAGAAGCUGAAGCGUCUUCCAUGUUGUUGAGGUUCAAUAUUGCUAGAAGCAGUACCAAGCAAGGUUAUCUCCAUUUCAAUGAACUCAUCAAGCUUUAUGCCCUCAAAAAAGGAGUAACUGGAGUUGCACAGGCCAUGGUUCAAGCAGUAAUUAGUCGUGGGUCUAUUUCACAACAUUCAGAACAUUUAUGGGCAGCAUGUUUCUUGCUAUUUGGUUUCGGGAAUGAUCCCAUUGUGGUUGAGUUAAAGGUGACGGAAUUGUUAUUUCUUGUAAAAGAAGUGGUUCUCCCUCUUGCAAUUCGGACAUUCAUCACAUUUUCACGGUGCAGUGCUGCUCUAGAACUCCUUCGGCUAUGCACCAAUGCACUGGAAGCAGCAGAUCAAGCAUUUGUCACACCAGUAGAGAAGUGGCUGGACUCAUCGCUUUGUUGGAAACCCAUCCAAACUAAUGCUCAGUUAAAUCCUUGCCUUUGGCAGGAACUGGCACUCUCGAGAGCAACCGUGCUGGAAACUAGGGCUAAGCUAAUGCUAAGAGGGGGGCAAUUUGACAUAGCGGAUGAUCUAAUUCGAAAAGCUGUUUUUAUUAGAACUUCUAUCUGCGGUGAUGAUCAUCCAGACACCAUAUCUGCUCGUGAAACUCUGAGCAAGCUCACAAGGCUUCUUGCAAAUGUUCAAAUUCAUACAUCCCCAUAGAUUCUAAUUUUCUUGUAAGAAAGAGUUUACAUUAGACGUAUACAGAGAUCUGGAAUAAAACUUUGUUAAACAUUUUAGAGGAAAUUCUUUUAUACCAUUUUCUUUUCUGAA